CCAGGAAAGAUUAGGAUGUUCGGUGUAGAAAAAGCGGCGGCGUUAUCGCGCAUCGCAAAGUCGAAUGAAAAUUCAUCGAAACGGUCAGAAGAGGAAAUGUCGGUGCUCGUAUCGCCUGUAUCCGAAAUCGCUCAGGGACUAAUGAAGUCGACGUUGCUUUCUGCGAGUUCGUUGAAACGAACAAACGAAGUUAAACGAAAUCUAGAAUCAGCGCGAAGCGACUCGCCCGACAUCGAUCGCAAAGGGCUCUUCAAAAAUGCAUUCAAGAUUAAAAAUACCCCCGAGAACACGGUGAAGUCGAAGCCAAGAGGGCGUCGAUAUCCCGGCAUGGCUUCACGCCGCGUUCUCGGCUCGGAGCCUGCCUCGCCAUCUACCGACAAAGAGAACGAUGGUCCUGGCGAUGUCACCAGCCCACAAAAGCCGAUCGGUGCAAAGAGGACUCGUUAUCCGUUGGAGGACUGCGACCCGAACAGCCAGGACAGCGGAUGCGAGGCGAGUUAUCCGGAAAAGGAAGAAAAGCCACGGCAGACGUUUCGAUUCGUGGAACCGUUAGCCGUUGCACCUCGACGUAUGUCGAUCGAAUUCCGCAGUCCCAUGAAAUCGCCGAUGAGAUGUUCACCACAGAGAUCGCGCGUUGCGAGGUCGUCUCUGUUCCGGAGUCUUUCUUCUGGCUACGAGAGCAUGGACGACGGAUUCAACGAUUUGAUCGACAUCGAAUCUCUGGACGACACCACUCAACUACCCAACGCUGCUUCGAUCGGAAGACAACCGUUGCUGAAAAUUGGCAGUCGUCUGUUGUCCGGCAUGGCUUCAGCGUUGAAAACUCACGGCGUCGUGCCCGACGUUAUUGACGAGGUUCCGCCGUCCGUACUAAAGGUCUCCUAUCCGAGUAACGUCACCGUCGAUUUGGGCAAUGUAUUAACCCCAACAAAAGUUAAAGACCCACCGACCGUUACAUGGGACGCGGAUGCAAAUGCUUUAUACACUCUCUGCAUGACCGAUCCCGAUGCGCCCAGUCGAAAGGAGCCAAAGUUCCGCGAAUGGCAUCACUGGCUGGUGGGAAACAUUCCCGGUUCAGACGUCUCCAAGGGAGAAGUGCUGUCCGACUACAUCGGUUCUGGCCCGCCACAAGGCACCGGAUUGCAUCGCUACGUGUUUCUGUUGUACAAGCAGCCUUCAAAGUUGACAUUCGACGAACCUCGCCUGACGAACCGCAGCGGCGAUAAGCGAGGAAAUUUCUCCAUAAGAAAAUUCGCCAAGAAAUACAAUCUUGGUCAACCCAUCGCGGGGAACUUGUAUCAAGCAGAAUUCGACGACUACGUUCCGAUUCUUUACAAACAAUUGGGCGCUUAAAAUGCGUCUGCAUGUAAUAAGCAUAGAACUUGUAACCUCGUACUAAAACUUUAUAUUAAAUUUUGCACUAAGUACUCUGA